GGCUCUCUGGCAGGAAGUGAAGGAAGGAAGAGUACAGUUUAUUCUCAGGGAUAAUGCGAGAUAUUCACCGUAUUUUCUCCUAAAGUUUGUUAAAAUUGCGUCUUCGGGCUACAGUUUUGAAUGGAAUAUAAAAUAGCUGUGUUAACUACAUGUACACAGUUUGUGCUGUUAUGUUUCAUCGGACUGAAGGCAGGGGAGCCGUCAGAUGACGGAGGCGGCUGGUUAUUUAACUCAGAUUCCAGAUUACAGGAUGAAGGUCCUUGUAACAUCGAUGUGCUGGACGGCUCUUCACUCUCACAUCAACAGUUCAUUGAAAGAUAUGCAUACAGCAGACCGGUGAUCCUCAGAGGUCUGACUGAUAACACGAAAUUUAGGUUGUCGUGCUCCAAGUCGAGUUUACUACAAGAAUAUGGGGCCCGGAAAGUUCGGCUCAGUACAGCUAACACUUACUCUUACAGGAAAGUGGAUGUCCCUUUGCAGGAGUACGUGGACAUUUUACUGAAGCCUCAGUCUGUAGACACUCUCGGCAGCGACACGCUGUAUUUUUUUGGAGACAACAACUUCACAGAGUGGCAGAGUUUGUUUGAGCUGUAUGAGUCUCCACCAUACGUCCUGCCUCACACCAGCGGAGCGUACAGCUUUGGGAUCGCAGGUCCUGGAACAGGAGUCCCCUUUCACUGGCAUGGCCCUGGUUACUCUGAAGUCAUCUAUGGAAGAAAGCGUUGGUUCCUCUACCCGCCUGACAAGGAGCCUCAUUUCCACCCGAACCACACCACCCUGUCCUGGGUGAUGGAGACCUACCCCAACCUGCCAGAGGACGAGGCGCCGCUGGAGUGCACCAUCAGACCUGGAGAGGUGCUGUAUUUCCCCGACCGCUGGUGGCACGCAACGCUCAACCUGGAUACCAGCGUGUUCAUCUCCACCUUCCUCGGCUGAGCUUCAUCUCCAGUAUUUUUAUUUGAAGGAACUCAUUACAUCUGUUUUAUCAGUUUGUCUUCCAGUGUAGAUUGACAAGAGGAGAAACACUCACAAGCGGAUCCAACAAAACAAAUGUUUAAAAUAUUACAUAUGAUGUUCUUGGUGAUGAGAGUAAUGAACUGUGAUUUUUGGGAUCUUAUUUUAGUCUAAAGCACCACAGUUACAUUCCAGCUGAAUCUUUUUUUUCCUCUUUAAAUUCAGCCAUAUUUUCUAAUAACACAAUAAAAGUGCGUUUUCAAUGACCAAAGGAGCUUAAGAGAAACAACGUUCUGCAGGUUGUCACAUACAAUGAUAAGUUACAUUUCUGUCAGGAUCAACUUUUGAUAGAAAUACAUGUGAAUCUAUCAUCAUAUCAUUUUUCUCAAUCAGUUGAAUUUUCUUCAAUUAAUAAAGCACAUAACAUCU